AUGGCUAUCUCCAAGAACUUACCAAUUUUGAAGAACCACUUCAGAAAGAACUGGCAAGAACGUGUCAGAGUUCACUUCGACCAAGCUGGUAAGAAGGUCUCUAGACGUAACGCCAGAGCUUCCAAGGCAGCCAAGAUUGCUCCAAGACCAUUGGAUCUAUUGAGACCUGUCGUUAGAGCUCCAACUGUCAAGUACAACAGAAAAGUCAGAGCUGGUAGAGGUUUCACUUUGGCUGAAGUCAAGGCUGCUGGUCUAACUGCUGCUUACGCUAGAACUAUUGGUAUCGCUGUUGACCACAGACGUCAAAACAGAAACCAAGAGAUCUUCGACACCAACGUCCAAAGAUUGAAGGAAUUCCAAUCUAAGAUCAUUGUCUUCCCAAGAAACGGUAAGGCUGAAGCUGAACAAGUCAUUUCUACCGCUGCUUCUUUCCCUAUUGAGCAACCAGUUGUUGAUGUUGAAACUAGAGCCGUCGAAGACCAAGGUGAAUCUGCUUUCAGAACUUUGAGAUUGGCUAGAUCCGACAAGAAAUACAAGGGUAUCAGAGAGAAGAGAGCUAGAGAGAAGGCUGAAGCUGAAGCUGAGAAGAAGAAAUAA